GCUGAGCGUUUUACCGGCAUUUUGCCUGGUUCUGGUGAAGCCAAGUGAAGUGAAAGGCAGGUGGAGUGACUGCUGCUUAUUGUUUCGUUUUCACCAUUAGGAAUUCAGUAACCGGGGGCAAGUUUACUUCUCGAGAGGCACACGGCAAUGGCGGACAACGACAAACAGCGGCUGAAGAAUUUCAAGAACAAAGGGCGGGAUCUGGAGUCAAUGAGAAGACAGCGCAAUGAAGUGGUUGUAGAACUAAGAAAGAAUAAAAGGGAUGAACAUUUAUUAAAACGAAGAAAUGUACCUCAAGAGGAUACUUGUGAAGACUCUGACCUUGAUGGUGACAUCAGAGUGCAAAAUACAUCAUUAGAAGCCAUCGUGCAGAAUGCUUCCAGUGACAACCAGGGUCUUCAGCUGAGUGCAGUGCAGGCGGCUAGGAAGUUGUUGUCAAGUGAUCGCAAUCCACCAAUAGAUGAUUUAAUAAACUCUGGCAUUUUACCAAUUCUCGUACAUUGUCUAGAACGAGAUGACAAUCCUUCGUUACAAUUUGAAGCAGCUUGGGCUUUAACAAACAUUGCCUCCGGCACUUCAGAGCAAACACAGGCUGUGGUUAAAUCAAAUGCUGUUCCUCUUUUUUUAAGACUGCUGCACUCUCCACAUCAGAAUGUGUGUGAACAAGCGGUUUGGGCUUUAGGCAACAUCAUAGGGGAUGGCCCUCAAUGCAGAGAUUAUGUAAUUAGUCUGGGAGUUGUGAAGCCCCUACUUUCUUUCAUUAGUCCAUCUAUACCUAUUACCUUUCUUCGUAAUGUCACAUGGGUAAUGGUUAAUCUCUGCCGUCAUAAAGACCCUCCCCCACCAAUGGAAACAAUUCAGGAGAUUCUUCCAGCGUUAUGCGUGCUCAUCCACCACACAGACGUUAAUGUAAGUAUUAUGAAGUCAGCAAGCAUGUAGCAUCUUAAUAGUGGGAGUAGUUUGCUAUAUUUAGGAAGACAAAGUGCAUUCCCUUUAGAUCUCCUUCAGUUCUCUAGCAGCAUCUAGCUCCCACUCUUGCGAUCAAACUUUCUUUGUAUCCCAACCCACAUUCAUCUUUUGUGGCCAUCUGCAGCUGCCUUGACAUCACAUUGGUACUUAAAUCCUUCCACCAUCUGACUUAUCUCAUGUUUACAGCCCUUGAUAACAAUAUGCUUUU